AUGCCUAUCUUUCAAAUCUUGGGCGGCGGCAAUCGGUCGUCCCGAGCUUCGACUUAUCCAGGAAACAGAACGACUUCUUCUUCGGCGGCUCCUAGUACGGCUGCUGCUGCCGACCAGCACAACGGCUCUAGCCGAAGUACUUAUCCUGGAAUGAGAGCAGCAGCACCGAUGGGUCCUUUGGGGGCACAGCCUCCUUCGGCUGCUCCUCCCAGAGCUCCUACCGCCAUGCCCACAGCAGCCGGGCCUCCACGACACACAAACAACCAAAGCAGCAACAUGGGAAGCACUUCGUCCAGCACGUCCAGUUCCGCCACUUCUACUACCCAACCGGCGCCUCCUUCCAGUAAUCCAGCUUCUGCAGCUCCUCCUUCUGCGGCAUCGGCUCCUUCCACUGCUACUAGUACUAGUAGAGGACCUGAAUCGACUCGCCCAGGUGCCUUUGCCGUCACACGGACAGCCACUGGACCAGCACAAGUGUAUCGAGUCACCGUGCCUGCAGGGGUCAGUCCAGGGAGUGAAUUCACAGUACAUGCUGGACCGAGACGAGUCCGAGUGCGAUGUCCCAACACAUCACGACCAGGACAGUCUCUACAAAUAACACUACCACCGGAACCCGUCACACACCACACACCUCUCAAAAUGGCACCCCUCACCGCAGCUGCAGGAUCUGGUGGAGGCGGGGCCGUACAAAUGUCUCUAGAAGUACGCAAUGUCAACAAGGCAGCGUCCGAUUCCGGUGGCACAGCACAAACCUUUCUAGUCACAAUCCCACCCAAUAUUUACCCCGGAAUGCAGUUCACUGUCGAUGUCAGUGGACAGCGAUUCGUCGUCACUUGUCCACCCAAUGCAGGACCCGACAUGAAGGUACGAAUCGUACCUCCUACACAACGAGAAGAACCCAUGGCCGCACCCAAGACACAAGUAUUUGAAGUGGCAGUGCCGCCGGGCGUUGGACCUAAUGAACCAUUUGCAUUGGUCGCCAAUGGACAACGAGUACUCGUCACUUGUCCUCCCAACGUGGCAUCCGGACAGAAAAUUCGAUUCCAAUUACCCAUUCAGGAAUUGCUGGGACACAUCCAAUUGAGUUACGAAUCGGCGACCGGUGGUUGGUGUCGGACCAUUCGGGUCACUGACAUGAGAUUUCAAUGGGUUCGAGUCAACAACAAUAGCAAUAGCAGCACUAGCACCAACAAGCUCAAGGAACACGACGAUGAAGGAGACAACCCCGCUAGUGCAGAGGAAGCAGCUGCAGAUGGUACCCGCGCGUCCGCCUUGGAUGUCGAUGCCAUGGAUAAAUUCGAUUUCAAACGGUCCGCAUAUGUUCGCAAGUUGACAUAUCUAGAAGGAAACGAUGCCCGGAUGAGGACUGGAACAAUCGAACUGGUGCCGGCCAAGGAUGCCGUCGUCGAUUCCAAAUUGGUUGUGCACAACAGAACACUAGUCUCUUACGCCGAUAUUGCUGCUGUCCAAGGCAAGUCUCUCGAAGAAAAGACGCAAUGGUUCCACAAUAUUUGCAAUCAAUUAACUGGUGCCUGGGAAGAUGGACACAUCAAGAUUGCUGUUCGACGGAAAUACUUGCUCUUGGAUAGCGUCGACGCCAUUAUGAGUUUGGGUAGAGACGAUUUGAGGAAACGAUGGCGAUUCGAGUUUCUGGGAGAGCCGGGGAUCGAUUCGGGAGGUGUCACCCGAGAGUGGUUCCAAUUGGUCACGGAACAAAUCAUGGACCCUGCAUUUGGACUGUGGAAGUCCAGUGUGAACAAUCAGGCCUGUGUGACCAUCAAUCCCUCCAGUGGCAUUUCAUGUCCAGACGAUCAUUUGGUGUACUUUCGCUUCCUCGGUCGGGUGCUUGGCAGAGCCCUGUUUGAUCGACAGAUUGUCAAGGGACACAUGGCGCGACACGUGUUCAAACACCUACUGGGAUGGCCAAUCACUUUUGAAGAUUUGGCAGCUCAAGACGAGGACUACUACCAAUCCCUCAAGAAGUUGGCACAGAUGGGUGAUGUCUCGGCCAUGUGCCUGGAUUUCACUGUCACGGAAGAGAACAUGGGAGCACACAGCGAAGUGGAAUUGAUCGAAGGUGGAGCCAUGAAGGAAGUCACCACGGAAAAUCUGGUCGAAUACCUUGAAGCUAAUCUCAGGUAUCAAAUGCUAGCGAGAUGCAAACACCAAAUGACUGAGCUCUUGCUUGGGUUCUUUGACAUUGCACCGGAGCCAGCCUUGACUGUGUUUGAUUCCAACGAGUUGGAACUCAUCCUUUGUGGACUGCCCACAAUAGAAAUGGACGACUGGGAAGCGAAUAGUAUCUAUUCGGGUUGCUUCGAGACGAAAGGGCGGCAGCAUCAAGUAGUGCAAUGGUUCUGGGAGACGGUCAGGGAUGACUUUGACCAGGAAAUGAAAGCCCGCCUCUUGCAGUUUGUUACGGGUACGUCGGGAGUGCCAUCUCGAGGCUUUGCGUACCUGCAAGGAAACGAUGGAAAUAUCAAAAAGUUUGCCGUUCAUGGGAUGGAAGUGGGCGUGUAUCCAAGGGCACACACCUGCUUUAAUCGGAUUGAUCUUCCCAUCUACCACAGCAAGAAGGAUUUGCAAGAGAAGUUGAGGGCAUCAAUCACUCUGUCGGCGGUUGGCUUCGACAUGGAGUGA